AUGGCAAAAAUGAGCACUUCAAGCCAUGUCACUGCCUCCCAGAAGAGCAACAACAGUGCCAGGAGCUGGGGCCGGCGUGGCGCGGCCCUGGCGGGCGGCAGAUGCUGGGCGGGUUCUGAGCCCGCUUCCUCGGAGAAGGGGGCUUGGGGCAAGCUCCUGCUGCCCCGCGGGCCCUCCCGUUUCUGUCCUGGUCAGGCCGGCUCCGGCUACGUUGCCGCCGUCCGUGGCGCUCCUGGAAGUACCCGCGGCCCUCAUCCACCCAGAGGCCGUGGGAGAGGAGGUGGCGAGAAGGCAUCAGAGGGCGCAUCCGUGGUUGUAGAGCUAAAUCCUGCUUUCCCAAAACUCUUAAAUAUUGCUGCAGAUGAUACAGGAAAUCGACUUCGGUUCCAGCUGGAGUUAGAGUUUGUUCAAUGUCUGGCAAAUCCAAAUUACCUCAACUUUCUUGCACAAAGAGGCUACUUCAAAGACAAAGCUUUUGUAAAUUAUCUUAAAUAUUUACUUUAUUGGAAAGAACCUGAAUAUGCAAAAUACCUGAAGUAUCCUCAAUGUUUGCAUAUGUUAGAGCUGCUCCAAUAUGAGCAUUUCCGCAAAGAACUGGUAAAUGCUCAGUGUGCUAAAUUUAUUGACGAGCAACAGAUUCUUCACUGGCAGCACUAUUCACGGAAAAGAAUGCGCCUCCAGCAAGCACUUGCAGAGCAGCAGCAACAAAACAACACCUCUGUAAAAUGAAAAACGCUUGGAAGAGUGAUGAUAAGGUGUACUUUGUGUCAGUUGAAGUAUUUACAAGAGAGGAAUGAACCCUUUUGUAGGUUUGGCUCUGGGUGUGUGUACAUUUAAUUUUUGAUUUAUCAAGUGACUGGUUUUUUUUUUUAUCAACUUUUUUAAAGAUACAAGACUGAUAAACAUCUACUUCUGCAAUUUACUUU